GAGGCUCAGCACGCUAAAACGAUGACAAAACUGGACGAAGAAGACGAAUGCACCGCCAGAUCGCUGCGAAGGGCGGCAGAUAUUCUUUGAAAUCGGGUUACUCUUGAUUUCUGGAACAUCCCGGCUGCGAAAUAGCCCAAAGGAGCCAGUUGCAUCAGUAGAUCGGGGAAGCAAGUCGUUGCCCGCAGACAGCUUUCCAGGCGCGUGUGAACUACUUACCGAGAAGAAGAACAGGGUUUAAAAUAAGGGGGGAUACAAAAACGACAAACGCGUACCGUAACAUGAUCACGUUAUUGCUUUUCCUGCUGAGUGCUCCCGGUGUGCUGUCCUCGAACCCAAUGGCGAGCAUUCAUCCCCAGGACCCAGCACUUCUGAUGGGCACGAGCGUCAUGGCCACAUGCACAGUCAGCCCAGAGCUUGACCUGCACGCCAGCUCCCUCUAUUGGACACUGAAUGGCAAGCGUCUGCCCAGCAGCACCUACAGUGUGCUAAGCCCCACUGCCCUCUGCGUCACGCUGACGGACCUGGCCGGCUCGCGACAGCGUUCUGGCGACAACCUGGUGUGCCACAGCAGCAGCGGACACGUGCUGGCCGGCUCCUGCCUCUACGUGGGCAUGCCGCCCGAGAAACCCGUCAACCUUACGUGCUGGUCUAGGAACACGAAAGACCUCACGUGCCAGUGGGCCCCUGGGGGCCAGGGAGAGACCUUCAUCAAGACCAGAUACACAAUGAAGUACAAGCUCAGGUGGUACGGCCAGGAGAAGGUGUGUGAAGAUUAUGGCACAGGGCAGCCGUACACAUGCUACAUCCCCCGGGACCUCGCCCUCUUCACGCCCUACGAAAUCUGGGUGGAGGCCUCUAACCGGCUGGGAAGCGCCACCUCGGAUGUCCUCAACUUGGAUAUCCUAGACGUGGUAACGACAGACCCUCCGCCAGACGUGCAAGUGAGCCGUGUGGGGGACUUGGAGGAUCAGCUGACCGUGCGCUGGGGCACGCCACCCGCCCUCAAGGACUUCCUCUUCCAGGCCAAGUACCAGAUCCGCUACAGGCUGGAGGACAGCAGCGAGUGGAAGGUGGUCGACGACAUGGGGAACCAGACCUCAUGCAGACUAGCUGGGCUGAGACCAGGCACGGUCUACUUUGUCCAGGUACGAUGUAAUCCAGUGGGCAUACUGGGAUCUAGGAAGGCUGGCAUCUGGAGUGACUGGAGCCACCCAACUGCAGCGUCCACACCACACAGUGAGCGCCUGCUGGCGGGCUCCUGCGACUCCAAGGUGGGCCAGCAGAACUCAACGCUGCGGCGGGACCUGAAGCAGUUCUUCGGCUGGGUGCGCAAGCGGGCUUACGGCUGCGGAGGCAUGAGCAUCAAACUCUAUGACCAGUGGCGCGUCUGGCUGCAAAAAUCCCACAAAACCAGAAACCAGGUUCUACAAGGGGAUAAAUUAUAGCACGUCGCUCCUGGCGACCGGAACGCUUGAUGUAAAACGAGUGCCGCGGAAAGGCCGACUUAUUUUUCCAAGCUAGCUGGAAGUCACACUGCACCUGGACUCGGAGAGGAGGAAUGGUCGAACAGUCGAAAAACGGCAAGCAGGCAGUCCUCUGAACACUGCUUAAAUCUGUGCCUUUUACCCUGUCCUUCAAAUGCCUUUUACAUUACCAGAAAAGUCUUGAAUGACAAUAGCGAUGACUACCCCGUAGAGGACACCUUGGAGGGAACCGCUCAGCGGAGAUCUUGACCUCUCGGAGACCCCGGGGAGCAGCUCCUGGAAAGGCUGUAAUUUGCACAUUCGCUCCACAUGUGGCAGAGCACGGUGGGAGCUCAGCUGCCAUUCAACUCGUUUCUGCAGUUUGUUUCCAUGACGUUUGGUAAAAACGGGUUCUUCUUGACGCCACGUUCGUCUGAACCGUGUGAAUGAGAGGGUUCUCCGAACGGACAAGCGGAAUAUUCCAGGAUGUGGUUUGCCAAAGAUUUUAUACAACUUGAGGAAUAGCCUUGAAGAGUGUCCAAUCCUACCAAAGAUACUAUUCAGGUGUUCCAUUCCAGACUGUUUCAGUUUAACAUAGCCAUCAUCUGUGACUGCUCCCUAGCUGUUUAAGUACAAGUCUUGACAAGAAUACCUCACAGUGAACAAAAGAAAAUUUAGGUCAACAAAUUCAACACAAUUCUUUUAAGUUCAUCACAACUAAGCAUUUAAAAUGAGCUGAGUUAAGAAAAACUCAUCAGUUACACCCAGAGAGAAUAUGUUCAAUUCAUUUCAGACAAGGUGAAGCAACAUUUUAACACUUUUUACCAUGCACAGAACCUCACCAAGCACAAAUAGCAAAACACUCUUCAAAUUCAUCCAAUUUCUCUUUUAGAACAGAAUGAGGUAUCGACUUUAUGGAUUAAAAUGGCAUUUAAUGAUUCCUUUUCCCUCCUCACUAAACCAUGGCAGUUUUGCUGGUUUUGUCAUAACAAGACUCGAGAUAAAAUCUUGAAGCAUUAGCUACAGUGUUUACAUUCACAAAUGCAGGACCAGCGUAGAAGAGUGGCCAGAAGUAACAGUGUCACGGUUGUUGAUUCAAAAGCAGACCUGCCAAGCACAAGUGGCCAUUACACUCAUUGUUUCUCCGUCUUGCUGAAGCAGUUGGAUUUCCAGGACUGUAAUUGCAACAUGGAAACGUAUGAAAAUAAUUGUAUUUACAAUUGUACUGCUUUUAUUUUUGUACUGAAUUGUAGCACCAUAUUUAAAAAAAAUGUAAAGUUAUGUUUCUGUCUCUUAAGUUAUAAGUAAUUAGUAUAUAAUAUUAUUGACCGAAUUAUUAAACUGCAAUAUUGAAUAUAAAAUCAUCUUCUGAGAAUACAGAGACAACAUUUAAUGUUCCUUUAUGGGUAAUGCCAGACAACUAUUUGAUCCAAUAACUUGAAUGUGGUCUUGUGGUAGAACAUAAGCCCAUUGUAAAACCACCCAGAAAUUACAUGUCUCUAGGCAUUUCAGGAGGUUGCAAAAACAGAAGGGGUGUAAACUGAAAGGAAAACCCAUUUCUCCUCUCUACAGGGAGAAGAUUAAUGUGUGUGAGGGAGGCUGCAUGAUGAAAUUAGUUCUCCCUCUUACUAGUUUCCUCCACGGUCAGUAUUUCACAGCACCCCUCAAGUGACACUCUAAAGGAAUGGGACAUUUAAAAAAAAAAACUUGGAAAUAGUGACUGUGGUGUAGUGGUUUCCAGCGAGAUUUCUUCUGUAACUGCACACCCAGCGUGGCGGUCACUCUGCUGACUCUUGGUUAAUGUGGGGAUCAGGUUUAAUUUCUACACCGCAAUUUAGUAAAUACAGUCUCAAAGAGCAGGAAUGACCUCGGAAUCUUUCAGGUCACAGAUCAGCAUUGCAUAUCAGUUUACACAUAUAUUUUGUAUAUUACAUGUGUCUAAUUGCCUGCCAGCGAUACAGCUGGCUUAAAGAUACAGCUCACCCAAAGAUGUUGAUUUUGCUAAUAGUAAGAUAGAAACUAGCAUCAGAGAGAUAGCAUUAUUCAAAUGAACUCACACUUAGAUAAACUAUAAUAAGCCUAUUAAUUUACUGCCCUUUAAAGCUGCAUAAUUGGGCGUUCUAUUCAGACAGGGUGGAAUUUCACUACCGCAGGUCACUGUUACAUCCUCAUGCAGAAGAGCUGAAUGAUGGCCUUGGGGUGCAUUUCAGCAGUGCAUUUAUGUUUUUUCAGCACCAGGGCAAUGCUGCUUGGUCAGAAACGGUUGCAUUGCUCAGCCGAAGGGUCAGGUUGUCCACAGGCCCCUUUGAUUGUGCCUACAGGUCUAAAGCAGGUUAAUAUUUAAUGCACCACUCGGAACGGUCCUCUCUCUCCAUGGCUACUAAACUCAUGCUCUAGUGCCGGUUUUCAUAAAUUGCUCGGCACCGUCCCUCAGUCAUUUUGGAUGUUUCCUAAGGAACUGGUGUUCUAACUGACUCGACCAAUAUGUGGUAUAGCUUAAGUAACAACUAGACCAGAUUCUGGGCCAUGAAUGAAGUUACAUCAGAGGUAGACAGAGAGACAGAUAUACAGGCUUGAUCUGGGAGGUUGUCAAGGUUUUUCAUUCGAAACUGCUUUGAGGCUUGUAGAGGUGUGUGUCCAGAAACUGUCAAAGUAAUCAUAUAUGUAACAUAAUGAAAAGAUUGUUUUUCAUAAAGAGAAGUAUUUCUUAUGAAUAGAAGUGAGGAAAAACAUGAUGAUAAUGAAUUGAUUAUUAGUGUUUUUAGUUUUAAUGUGAGUUCUGGCUCUCCAGGCGAAUCACUCUCCCCUGUCAAAAAACUACUAUGGGGUUAAGUGUUCACUCAGUGGAAUAUAACAGAAUGCAGAGUAAGACACCAGAAAUACACAGGGGACCUAUAACGUUUGACCUGUUCGUGUCUACAAAAAGUCUACAAGACAAUUUGUGAAUUUGUGAAUUUCUUCUAUGUAUGCAGAAAAAAAAUAAAGAAUUAAAAAUGUAUAUUCUGUA